UUUCACAUAGGCCCGCCUACUGAAACUUCUUCCGUUUUCCAAACCAACGCAACUUCCUUUCCGCCCGUACGAGCUCUGCCGUGAACACGACAUACCACGCUCUCAGAAAAGAUGCGUUACGUAGCUGCUUACCUGCUCGCGUCCCUCGGUGGCAAGGAUAGCCCAAAUGCCGCCGACAUCAAGAAAAUCCUUGACAGCGUUGGUAUUGAGGCCGAUGACACACGCUUGGACAAGGUCGUCUCAGAACUCAGUGGCAAGAGUGUGGAGGAGGUGAUCGCUCAGGGCUACGGUAAACUGGCCAGCGUACCCUCCGGAGGCGCUGUGGCUGUGGCCGCCUCUGCUGGUGGAUCUGGUGGUGCCGCUGCUCCUGCUGCCGCAGCUGCUGAGGAGAAGAAGGAAGAGAAGAAGGAGGAGUCUGAGGAGGGAUCCGAUGAUGACAUGGGAUUCGGACUUUUCGAUUAAACUCUGAACCAAGCUAAUAAAAUAUUUGUAUAAACGGCCA